GCGCCUGCCGCAAAAGCCAGGCCUGCGACAUUUGUGGCUGGAAAUGCUUUGGGGUGAUAGGCCCAUGUGUUCGCUGCAAACGGGGCUCUGGGCCUUGAUCGUUUUUACCGUCCUGGUGCGGGGCCUUGAUGUGUCGCCUGGGGUUGGUGGCUUCCUAUACCUGCAACACCAGCGACUUGCAGAGGAAUCCGCACCCAAUGGCCAGGUUUUGUGCACCCACCACUUUGCAGCCUCCAGGGCUGGUGAUAAUUUUGGCCAGUCAGCGGCCUUGUCUGCCGCCGCGGCGGCCGUGAUCAAUGUGGCCUCGGAGGCCAAAGAGGAGUCCCCGGCGCCAGAGGAAGGUGGCAAAAGCUCUGCCCGGGAACUGAGUUUCGGUGAGUUUCGGGUGAACGACCUGCGCGCAGAGAUUUCGGCCUUGAAAGACUUGGUGGGGCCCUUCGAUGUCGGUCACGUGGAGAAACAUGAGAAGAUGUUGAGGCCAAGAGAUGAUGUGGCGAUGCGAGAUGGUCUGGGAUAUGUCAUGGAUCGCUACGUGGAAAAGGACGUGGCUGCCGCACCCAAAGAGGGCGCCCAGGGGACCAAGCAGGCGACGGUGGCCAAUCUGUCGUUGACGGAAGGCGGUGUCGGUGGCAAUGUGGCCACGCCCGAGGUCAAAGGGGAGGCGCGUGCAGGCCGAACUGAUCGCUGCAGGGAGGGUCAGCGGUCCUCCAGCGAUGCACCGCGCAAGCGCAAGACGGGCGCUGCCUGGAAGCAGAUGGCAACGGGGAAUGACGUGGCUCCAGACAGCUCCAUGGUGGGCAUGCCUCAACCGGAGGCCGUCGGCCCCUUGGAUGUUUUUCUUGUGACGGAAGACCAUCAAGUGGUGGAUUUGCCACCUGUACGGCACCAAGCCAAACUCAGCUGUGACAUUGGCCGCUGGCUUUUCUUUAGGGUUCGAACACCUGCAGUGCCGCAGCGAAUAGCGAAAGGGGCCAUGGGCGGUGGCGGCGACUUCGGCAAAGGAUCUUUUCCGGAU